AUGGGGGCAGUGAACUCGCAAUUCUUCAUGCAGGUGACCAGCGGAGGGACCGUCGCAUGCUUCCAGCGUGCCGAGGUCGUGCUGGCAGCGCAGCUGAACGGCGAUUGGAUCGCGAUGUCUGUCCUGAAGGAUAAGUCUUGCGAGCCUAGCUCAGUACAGCUGCCGGUGGAUGUCGCAGGUGGGGAUGUCAAGUUUGCCGUGGUCACCACCGAGAACAACGAACUGAUUUCACUCACCGAGGCAACGAUGAUGCCCGAUCAGCCGUUCCCUGUCGUCAAGUUCACGACACAGACUGGCACUUUCGCCAUCUCCAUCCUGACCGUCCUGAAUUUGCGCAGUGGCCCGAGUACACAGACACCGACCCCGAAGACAGACACCGGAGUCCCAGAGACAAUCAUUGUUUCGGACCCACCGGUGGGGCCGGCGACGAGCAGCGCAGACUCGCCAGUGACAAAGCCUGGGCCAGACUCGCCAGUGGCAGAGCCGGGGGCGACGAAAGCCAAAGUGGAGGACGAUGCGCCGAUCGUGGAGGAAGGUUCCGAGGUAGACUCUGAGUUUGUGCGGGUGUCCGAAGUCCCACCCUCUGAGCCCAGAGUCCCCGACUCCAGAGUCCCCGACGACUUCGGAGUCCCAGACUCAGAGCCUGCGAACCUCGAGAGUCUACGGCCCUAUGAGGGCUUGCUGCAGAUACAGUCGAGAAGGGCUUCUGCAAUGUCGGCGACACGAUCUGCUACACCAACAGUGGCAGCCCAGCCACGGCUCGACCAGGUUGGUGAGUCGGAGCAGGACAUCACAUCCAUGCCGACAAGCCAAGUGGAGCACAUCCUGCAGAGCGGCGGCACCCUUCCUGGCUGGGACCCGCACGGCGACCCCGUGAAGGACCUCGGCUAUGUGAAGAUCUUUUACUCUGCAGCCAUCAGCAACUACGACCCAGCGACACUGUGGCCGACUUGUACACUGGAGAGUGGUUUGAAGACCAAGCUGAUCGACCUUCGGGACCAGUAUGUGGCGAUGCACAACGAUGGGUCGAUGCUGAGUCUGAGUGCCGAGUCCCAGUACGAUCUCUCGGUGCUCGAGGUGUGGUGCCGCCAGCUGUACAAAGGUGUCGUUCCCCAUGGGCCGCUGCUCGGCUGGGCCAGGAUGAACGGGCACGAGCUGUACUACCACAUCUACGGCGAGAACAACCCGCCGUUCCUGAUGGCCAGGUACCCGUUCUUCCGGCACGCCUUCGACAUCAUGGAGGGAGUCAAAGGCAUGUUCAUGCAGGCUGGCCUCUGGAAAGUGCGAGGAUUGGUCCUCCCUUCACAGAUGAGGAUCCCGGAUCGCAGCCCCGCGGCCCUGAACAAGUCACUGCUGGCCCAGCAUUUCCCCGAUGAAGGCCGUAUCAUGGAGGAUGUGCUUCCGACGUACUGCUCGCUCAAGAUUGACCACUCGGAUUACAUGGCACGUGGGCCCUACGAGCAUCUUGUCGGCGCCCCCCCGAACUCCGAAGAGUCCUUCUUCUUUGACUGCUCGCCCACCACGACUUUCUACAUGCAAGCCAAGGGUCAGUUCAUCUAUGCCAUGAACCUUGGCUUCGAAAAGACCAAGAGGCCCCGCAGCGAGAUGACCGUCGAUUGGAUCCGCAAGGCCGAUGUCCCUGGAAUGCAGGAGUUCCAGGUACUGGGUGUGUUUCCAAUGGAGGCGCCGAGCCUGCAGGGCAUUGCGAAGUUCAAGUACCACUCCGGCAUCUACUGCGAGGAGGCCGGUGUCAAGAAGGCCUUGUUCCUGGAGCUGCGCGACUACCCGGACAACAUGUACUGCCGGGGAGGGCGGCGACCGCCGAACGUGCUGCAGCUCUUCGCGAUGGACCUGGUGCCCGCCGAGAUCAAGAAGUCACUGGUGACGAAGGCACCGGCAGGGCAGAAUUUCGAGCCUCGUCGCAGCAGGCCUGGAUUUGUUGUCCAGGGCGACAGGCCUUUCAAAACCUGUCCGCACGGAUGGGUCUGGCAGGAAGCCUACAACGGCAAGAUCACGUUCUACUACGUGGACGAUGGCCAAACGUACGAGUUCCACCAGCACAGCCCGGACUCGAAUGUGCAGUUCUUUGACCACGAAAAAGGGGAGUACGUGGUGGCAAACAGCUGCACAGGCUUCUGGCAGCAUGACACGGUGUCGAGUUUCAUCGGCGACUUCAUCCGUGAGUACUACUACGACGACUGA